AUGAAUGGACUUUUCAUCAUAUUCAUUAUAUGCAUCCUGACAACUAAUUUGGAUGCUUCUAAUGCACCAGGUCACCUAUACCGAAGGCAAGAAAAUAAUACUGUUAAUCCACCAUCGACCGCAGCAUCAGGAAUUUUAUGUCCUACAACGCCAGUUCCUUUUACAACAACUGUAAAUUCAAGUGCAUCAACGACAGUAUCAACUGUUACUGGCUCAACCACUUCGUUUGUUACCAUUACAGGUCAAGCAAUACCCAGUGUAAUUACGACCACACUUCCUGCCAUAGAUUUUAAUCAACCUAUAAGAGCACGUAAUGAAACAAUACCAUCUCAAGCUUAUAAAGUUGCAUCAGAUUAUAAAAUUAUCACUUCUAAACGAGGAUUUUCUAAUUGUGGUGGUAUUAUUGAUAUCGAUGAUUUCCGUAUACUUUAUUCUGCAUCAAAAAAAACGUUUAUUCCUUUUUUUAGAGGUCGAUCUCCAGUUGUUGUAGAUAAUGCAACGGCUCGUGUUUAUGUUCAAAUAUAUGGAACGUCUGUUGCAUUAGAAUUUAAUGGUAUUCCCUGCUAUGGAGAAAAGAACGCAAGUCCUUGUACUUCAGAUAAUGUAAUUGAUUCAGGCAACACAUUUGAUGAAUCUAUAGCAAAAAAAGUUGGGGGAUUUUUAAUUAAAUAUGGAUAUUUUUCUUUAAUUGAAUCGCUUGGUGGUUAUGCAAUUUUGACAGUUCAAACUGGUGAUAAUGAUCCGUACCUUGCCUGCGCAAUGGCAAAGGUUGCUGACGAUGAUACUAUGGCUGAUUCACUUGUUUCUCCAAGUGCUGCAACCGCUUAUACCGCUGCUUCGGCGGCAGUGGGUGUAGUAUGUUUGGCCCUUGCUGCUGGUGGGAUCGUCACUGUUGCCACAGUAGGGACUGAUGCACCUCCUGAUGAAGUUUAUGAUGUGGGUAAUGAGCCACUUGACAAGGCAGAGAACGGAAACCUCAGAGAUGCACCAGGCAUAGGUGAUCAUCCGGCAACCGAAACUCCAUCACACAUACAAUACCCAUCGUUUUAUGACUUUAUAUUUUAUACCCAAUCGAUCAUUGCUACUGGAUGGCUCACGUUAAAUUUAACUUCUGAAUAUCGGAAAUUCACAUCAACGUUCUCAUGGGCAAUUGCACAGGGAUUUAUAAAUCUUAAAAUACUCGCUUCUGCCGCAAAUAAUUUACGUUAUAACAUUUGUGGUGUAAUGCUUAGUACGAACACGAAUGCAAUAUCAGCUCCAGGAACAUGUGUGGACAGUGAAAAUGGAUACACAUUACCACCAGUAGGGUCAAGUUCUAGUCUUACGUUUGGUACUAAUAAUAGUGUUCCUACAAGUACGCCACAAACUGUCACAAAUCCGUAUGGAAUUGAUUCAUACGCUCAUAUAAUUGGUAUUCCUGUGGAAGACCUUCCUUUUGCCUCAAUAAUGGGAUUCUUAGCUGUUACGGGUAUUGCAAUCACUUUGGUUCUUUUAAGUGCUAUU